AUGAGUGUCCCUGAAUUUGCAAGCAAUCUAUCUGAAUCCCAGGUUGCUGCAGAGGAUGACAUGAAUGUGCCUGUGAGGAACUUACCUGAAACUGAAAACAAGGAUUUGUAUGAAGAUAAAGGUUCUCAAGGACUUGGUAUCAGUAAGCAUGAUGAGAAAACCUGUCAAUGCAGAAGACUGGAGAUUUUGAAUCUUCUGUUCAAUGUGCGACCACUGUUGAAGAGGACCAUACUCAAAUGCUUGGUGGGGAAGCUUCUGUGUUCAGUUGCUGUUAAGGAUGAUUGUACCGGAUUGCUCGCUGGGGAUGCCACUGGUAUUAGUUCGCCAACAAAAGAGCCAAAGCUUUUGUCUGUUGAUGCUGAAUCUUCUGUUCAAAGGUCAACGACAGCAGUUGAAGAUGAUCAAACUAAAGUGCUUGGUGGGAAUGGUUCUGGUGUUAAGUCAGAGACACUGCAAGAUGUUAAGGAGUUCCAGAGAGUGCCAGGGUACAGAUGUAUAUAUUUCCAUGCAGUGAACAGCUUGCAAGAUGCCCACGGACAGAUCGGUACAGCCGUCUCAACAGUUUUGAAGGCAAGCCACCUGCUUCUCAUAUUUCUGGAGUCUUCAGAACGGGGUCUGAUUGGACACUUUUCUAGUAUCCAACCGAAUUUGAUGCUGGAACAUGUGGAAGAAUUCAGAGCCAGACCACCUCAAGCGCCAGCAGCAUUUCACAAAAAAACAGAGGUAUGGGCAAUACCAGAAAAGGUUGUUUUGCUCGGUGAAGUUGAACCACUUGAGAGGAGUCUGUCAUGUAAAGGAAGCUCAAACGAAGGAACUGACAAGGAGCGGGUUUUAAAAGACCGAACUGCAGUUGAGGUUUACUUUGACUACAUGAGAAGUUUUCGAGUUGAAUUUGAUGAGUUCGUUGAAAAAGGAAACAUAUCUGAGAUUGAAAUUGGACUUGGUCCAUGUGGGGAGUUACGAUAUCCCUCUUAUCCUGUAAACCAUGGUUGGAAAUAUCCUGGUAUUGGUGAAUUCCAGCGUUAUGACCAGUGCUUAUCAAAGAGUCUGACAAAGGCAGUAGAGGCAAUGGGUCAUCUAUUUUGGGCUAAAGGACCAGAUAAUGCAGGCCCUUAUAACGAGCUUCCAUUACAUCCAAAACUAUCUGUUAACAUACAGUGGCUCGAUGGUGGUGCGCACCUCAUGGAAUCAGCUGUUGCAGUCGAACUGGAGCUAAAGAUUGAUAAGAGCCAUGAAGAUCUUAAAGGAGGAUCUUUCCGAGAAUAUGGAGAGGCAGUGUUGAAACUCUUGGAGAACUUGACUGAUUUAGAUCCUAAGUUACAGAAAGCCCCAGUUAACUAUGAAGAAGUUCGAGUUUCUGGCUUUGGAAGAUGGUUCCUUCUAAGACUCUCGCUUCAUGACCCUGUUCUUCUUCUUAACAUUGAGGCACCAAGCCAUGGUGAUGCCGUGAAGCUUGGACUUGCUGCUGUUAAGGAGUUUCAUGCUCUGGAUUCAUCCGCCUUAGACAAGAUGGAGUUGGUUGGGGAUUUUCUACAUAUAUUGAGGGGUCACAAGCCCUCUCUGGAGGAAGAUUCAGUCCUGUGGAGGAAAGGAAAAAGAGGAAAAUCUCUGGGAAAAAUCCAGAUAAGAGUCUAUAUUUCGGCUAGCCCACAAGGCGACUCUCUCUCCUUUGGGUUAAAACUACUACAGCAACCAGCCAAGGGUCACAAAGUCACCGUUCUCACUGCCGUCAACCACCAUCUCCGGCCAUCCACCUUCUCACCAGUACACGACUCCCAUCUUCAAGAGCUGAACACCGUGAACAGCUCCAACCAACCCACCACCGUCAUACUCUGUUUGAUCUUUUUACAGAGAACAGGCGCGAGAGCAAUGCAGAUAUUCCCAGAAAGUAUGCGGAAACUUUGGAAUGAAUGGGAGCUACGCUUCAUGGUUCUACUAAGCCUUUUCCUACAAAUCGUCCUAAUCAUCUUUAGCAAACGACGAAAGUACACAGUCACACCUUGGAUCAGAAUCCUGAUUUGGUCGGCCUACUUGUCCGCAGACUGGGUGGCGACAGUAUCCCUCGGUACCCUCUCAAACAGCCAAGGAGAUUCGGAAGGGAAACUUCUGGAUCCAAACUAUACCCUCAUGGCAUUUUGGGCGCCAUUCCUUCUCUUGCACCUUGGUGGUCCGGACACUAUCACGGCUUAUUCCUUAGAAGAUAAUGAGUUGUGGUUAAGGCACUUGCUUGGACUAGUUGUCCAAGUUGGAGUGGCUUUCUACGUGUUUCUGAGGUCAUGGGCAGGAACUCCACUCACAUUUCUAUCCAUCCCAAUGUUUGUGGCUGGAAUUAUCAAGUAUGGAGAGAGGACCUGCGUUCUGAGGUCUGCAAGCAAGAAUCACUUUAGAGAUUCUUUGCUUUCAGUUCCUAAUCCUGGACCUGAUUAUGCUGAUUUCAUGAAGGAAUAUUGGGAGGGCAAACUGGAGGUUGCUAAAAUGAGCAAAGAAGACAUCGUUCAAAAGCCACUUCAAUCUACCGUUGGUGAUGACAUUACUGUUCCUAGUAGAAAAUAUAUUGACAAAGCUUACUUCUUAUUCAAGAACCAAUUCAAGCAUCUAUAUGCAGACCUCAUCCUCAGCUUGGAUGACGAAAAAACCAGUGAGGGCAUCAUCAGGUACAUGUCAUCCGAAGAUGCCUUCAAAGUGGUGGAGAUGGAGCUCAAUUUUAUGUAUGAUGUGCUAUACACCAAGGCAACAGUGAUUUAUUCUCUACUUGGCAUUCUGCUCCGUUCCACCAGCUUCUCCUUCACUAUUUCUACUUUAGCGUCCUUCCACUUCUUCAUCGAUAAGCACGAGUUCUCAAACAUUGACAUCGACAUUACUUACUUAUUACUCAUUGGAGCUAUUUUUCUUGAGGUUUAUGCCCUCACUAAGCUGAUUUUGUCCGACUGGAGCAUUGUCUGGUUGAGCAGCAAGAUGAACUCCCUGGCAGAUUUCAUUUACCGAGCCAUUACCUCUUUUAGAUCAGUUAUAACCAGUGACAAGAGAUGGUCUAGACGCAUGGCACAGAACAAUUUAAUUGAUUCUUGCCUCAGAGACAAAACCAAGUUCAAUCAGGUUCCCAGGUUCCUUGACAUGAACAAAUUCUUAGAGAGGUACUGGUACAUGACUUGGGAGAAGGUGGAUGACAUGAAGGAACCCAUCUUCAGCUUGCUCCUAGAGAUGACAAAUGAUGUCAGGGAUCUCAGGUCACUACUCAAACACAGAGGUGAUUAUGUGAUUACAAAAAGAGGGUUUAUUGAGACACUUGGUUGGAGUAUAGUUGACGUGGAAUUUGAUCACAGCAUCCUCCUUUGGCAUGUUGCAACAGAUCUCUGUAGCUAUUCUGAUGAUGACCCCAAUCCUAAAUCAAGAUGCAAAAUAAGCAAAUGCUUGUCUGAGUAUAUGUUGUAUCUGCUAGUCAUGUGUCCAUUUAUGCUGCCAAAAGGGAUAGGGGAGUUUAGAUUCCGAGACACUUAUUCAGAGACCAAAAGAUUCUUCCAGCAAAGAAGCGAGUCCAUAUCUGACAGAAAUGAAGCUUGCAGAUUGUUGCUUGAAGUUGACACACAAGUUGAGCCCGAAGAGGUGAAAGGAGAUAAAAGCAAGUCAGUGUUAUUCGAGGCAUGUAGGCUUGCCAAGGAGUUGAAAUCACUGAAUAUGGAGAUGGGAGAGAAAUGGAAGAUGGUGAGUGAGGUGUGGGUGGAGAUGUUGUGCUAUGCUGCCAGUCAUUGUGGAUGGAUUCAACACGGUCAGCAGCUCCGGCGAGGCGGGGAGCUACUCACUCAUGUCUGCCUUCUCAUGUCCCACCUCGGUUUAAGCGAGCAAUUCCAAAUACUGGAAGGUGAAACCCUCUUGACCCCGCCCUACGUUGUCCGUCCCCCCCUCCCCCUCCCCCUCACUCCAACUCCAACUCCAACUGGGAGUUUUGGGACCCUUUCCCCCCGGCUCCCCCUCCCCAACCCCCUAUUUCCCUGGGACUUUGAUGCCGCUUCUUGA